AUGCCGCAGCAAAAGGCUCAAGACAUGGGCACUGCCUUCAUCCAGACGCAGCAGCUCAAUGCUGCCACAGCCGACACAUUCCUGGAACACCUGUGUCUGCUGGACAUCGACUCUGACCCCACCACGGCUCGCAACACUGGCAUCAUCUGCACUAUCGGACCGGCCUCUCGAGAGGUGGAUAUGCUCAAGGAGAUGAUCAAAUCUGGAAUGAACAUUGCACGGUUAAACUUUUCCCAUGGAACACAUGAGUAUCACGAACAAACAAUCAAGAACGUCCGUGAGGCCUGUGAAAGCUUUGAACCUGGCAGCAUCAGCUACAGACCGAUCGGCGUCGCUUUGGACACUAAAGGACCCGAGAUCAGAACCGGGCUCAUUCAUGGGAGUGGCACAGCGGAGGUGGAGCUAAAGAAGGGCAACAUGAUCAAGUUAACCUUGGAUGAUGCAUAUCAAGAAAAGUGCAGUGAUCAGGUUCUGUGGCUCGACUACAAAAACAUAACCAAAGUGGUGGAGGUGGGCAGUAAGAUUUACAUCGAUGAUGGACUCAUAUCUCUGCAAGUCAUGGAGAUAGGUUCCGACUACCUCAUGUGUGACAUCGAGAAUGGCGGCUGUCUGGGAAGUAAGAAGGGAGUGAACUUGCCCGGUGCAGCUGUGGAUCUGCCCGCAGUGUCAGAAAAGGACAUCCAGGAUCUGCAGUUCGGCGUGGAGCAAGGAGUGGACAUGGUGUUUGCCUCCUUCAUUCGUAAAGCAGCGGAUGUUCACGCUGUCAGGGCAGUGCUGGGAGAAAAGGGCAAAAACAUCAAGAUCAUCAGUAAGCUGGAGAACCAUGAGGGUGUGCGCAGAUUUGACGAGAUAAUGGAGGCAAGUGAUGGAAUAAUGGUGGCUCGUGGAGACCUUGGAAUUGAAAUCCCCACAGAGAAAGUGUUUGUGGCCCAAAAAAUGAUGAUUGGGCGUUGCAAUAGAGCUGGCAAACCAAUCACAUGUGCCACUCAGAUGUUGGAGAGUAUGAUCAAGAAGCCUAGACCUACUCGUGCUGAGGGCAGUGAUGUGGCCAAUGCUGUGCUGGACGGAGCCGACUGCAUUAUGUUGAGUGGUGAGACCGCCAAGGGAGACUACCCCCUAGAGGCUGUCCGCACACAGCACAUGAUUGCUCGUGAGGCCGAGGCUGCCAUGUUCCACCGGCAGGUGUUUGAGGAUCUCCGCCGCUCCACACCACUCUGCAAAGACCCAGCUGAGGCUAUUGCUAUCGGGGCCGUGGAGGCCUCCUUUAAGAUCUUAGCUUCAGCAUUCAUUGUACUCACAGGCUCUGGAAGGUCUGCUCAUCUAAUCUCCAGAUACAGACCUCGUGCUCCUAUCAUUGCUGUUACGCGUAACGCGCAGACUGCCCGUCAGGCCCACCUGUACCGAGGCAUCUUUCCAGUUCUUUACACCAAUCCUGCGCAUGACGUCUGGGCUGAGGAUGUGGACAUGCGUGUUAACUUUGCCAUGGAAAUGGGUAAAGCUCGCCGCUUCUUCAAAGAAGGAGAUGUAGUUAUUAUCCUGACUGGCUGGCGCCCAGGCUCUGGCUACACCAACACCAUGCGUGUGGUAUUGGUGAACUGA